CUUGCGUCACUUCCGCCCGGGCCUGUCUGCCUCUGUAUUCCGCUCACACGUCACUUCCGGCCUCCGCGGGCUCACUUCCGGCCUCCGCGGGCUCACUUCCGGCCUCCGCGGGCUCACUUCCGCUCAUGGAGGCCGUGAGGCGCUGGGCGCGGGCGCUGUCCCUCGGGGCGCUGCCGGUGGCGUUGGGGGCGGUGCUGUGGGCGGUGGUGGCGGCGGGAGAAGAGCGGCGGCGCGAAGAGAUCCGGGCCCUUCCGGAGCUGACCCCGGAGCUGCUGGAGGAGCGGCGGCGGCACAACGCGCUCGUGUUCCGGGCCUUGCAGGAAGCGGCGACCACCGAGGAGAACGUGGCCCGGCGCCCGGUGCCGUGGCGGAAGUGAGUUGGCUCACUUCCGGUCGCUCCGUGCUGUUUCGGGUCUUUUCCGGUGAAUCGUGCGGUCACUUCCGGUGGGCUCCUAUCACUUCCGGUGGGCUCCGUGACGUUGCCAGCGGGUACCGUGAUCACUUCCGGCGGUUCCUUGCGCUUCCGGCAAGCGCACCGCGCACGGUUCGCGCCGUGUUACUUCCGGCGCUUUCUUCGGCGACUUCCUGUGGCUGGUCGUUAAUUCCGGGGCUUCCUCUGCUGACUCCUGGGCGGCGUAACGUCACUUCCGGCGCGUUCUCCGAUCACUUCCGGUGGCCGUCUCCUUUAGCGAGCCCUCCUCACUUCCGGUGUACCACUUCCGGUGGUUCCCUUCCCUUCCGUCCCGCUCGCUUCCGGCGGAUUUUCCCUCACUUCCGGCGCGAUGGCGGCGGAGCAGAAGUCGGUGUUGUCUCGGUGCUUGAGCUGUCGCGUCCUGGGGGGGACAGCGCUGCUCGCCGCCGCAGCGUGGAUCUACCGGCGCCCUCGGGCCCUCAUGCGGAGCGGGUUGGCCCCCAGCAUGGCCGACGUGGCGCAGAUCACCUUCGCCAUUUGUGAGUUUUGGGAGGGGGGGAGGGGAGGUCGGUGAGGGGUUGCCAUGGUGACGAGAUAUCAGGAGUCGUGAUGGCGAGGGAAUAAGGAAAAUGGGGGGGGUUAAAGGUCACCGUGGCCACGCGAUAAGCAAGAUGGCGGCGGGGCUCGAGGUCACCAUGGUGACGGG